GGUCACUGAAAGUGGAUAAAUAGGGCUUUAUAGGACAAAGAGGCUGUCGUUAAGAUGCGGCGCUAACUUUGUGGAGGUUCAAGCAGCGAAAGCGGGGUUAGUGUUCGGACAGCUGAAGAUUGUUUUAAUCAUGCCUGUGCGGAGAGGUCAUGUCGCUCCUCAAAAUACGUUUCUGGGAAUAAUAAUUCGGAAAUUCGAGGGACAGAAUAAGAAGUUCAUCAUUGCCAAUGCCCGAGUGCAGAACUGUGCAAUUAUUUACUGUAACGAUGGAUUCUGUGAGAUGACGGGAUUCUCGCGACCGGACGUCAUGCAGAAAUCUUGUACAUGUGACUUCCUGCAUGGGGAGCAAACCACGAGGCAUGCAAUCGCCCAGGUGGCCCAGGCUCUCCUGGGGUCAGAAGAACGCAAGGUGAUGAUCACGUACCACCGCAAGGAUGGGUCCGACUUCCUGUGCGACACUCACAUCAUCCCGGUGAAGAACGAAGAAGGGGUUGUGAUGAUGUUCAUCUUGAACUUCGAUUACGUUCUGGACGAAGAAAGCAACGACUCUCUAGAGGGACUGAACGGGACCCCACCAGCCAAAUCAGAAAUCAGAAAAGGAAGAUUCUUGAGUUUCCGUCUGCGAGCCAUGAAGCUCUUAGGCGCCAGCAAGCAGUCUCUCCCGCAGGACGAUCCAGACAUGGUCAUGGUGGACUCACCCAGGGCAAGCGAUGACUCUUCGGCCUUGACGCCCACCAUGGGCAGUUGCAGUCCAGCAGAGGCCAACGACAUACAGGCACUCAUCAGCUCCAGUCAUCCCUCGUCUCCGGUCAGUGUGAUGUUACCCCUGGAUCACUCGUCCCCCAAGCACACCUGGGACUUCCCCAGACCCUCCCAAAACCAGUGCACCACCAGUCCUGCUCAGGCCAUCUCCAGAGGCAGUGUGUGCAGCAGAAGACGAGCCUCUUCGGUUCAUGACAUCGAAGGGCUUAGUUCGAACUCUAAACAUCUGUUUAGGGACAGGCACACAAAUGAAGGACCAUUCAACCAUCUGAAGUCGAGUCUGCUGGGAUCAACGUCAGACUCCAAUCUAAACAAAUACAGCACCAUCAACAAAAUACCUCUCAUCGCACUCAACUUCUCUGAGGCCAACGAUAAGAAAGCGCCUUCCCCCCCAUCCUCAGAGAAAACCAUCAUCGCACCAAAGGUCAAAGAUAGGACACAUAAUGUCACCGAAAAGGUCACGCAGGUGUUGUCACUGGGUGCAGAUGUGUUACCAGAGUACAAGCUCCAAGCCUCACGUAUGGACAAGUUCACCAUUCUGCACUACAGCCCUUUUAAAGCGGUCUGGGACUGGCUUAUCCUGCUGCUGGUCAUCUAUACAGCCAUUUUAACCCCUUAUUCUGCAGCCUUCCUGCUGCAUGACAGUGAGGAACAGAAACGACGCAAGUGUGGAUAUUCCUGCAGCCCUCUUAACAUUGUGGACUUAAUAGUGGACAUCAUGUUCAUCAUUGACAUCCUAAUAAACUUUCGCACAACGUAUGUGAACUUGAACGAGGAGGUGGUGAGCCAUCCGGGGAAGAUCGCUAUACAUUAUUUCAAAGGCUGGUUCCUUAUAGACAUGGUGGCAGCGAUACCGUUUGACCUGCUCAUAUUUGGAUCAGGAUCAGAUGAAACGACCACUCUAAUUGGUCUGUUGAAGACAGCCCGACUUUUGCGAUUGGUUCGUGUUGCCAGGAAGCUGGACCGAUACUCUGAAUAUGGUGCAGCAGUUCUGAUGCUCCUGAUGUGUAUAUUUGCUCUCAUUGCUCAUUGGCUCGCCUGCAUCUGGUAUGCCAUUGGAAAUGUCGAGAAACAGUACCUGGAACAUAAGAUUGGCUGGCUUGAUAAUCUCGGGGUGUCUAUUGGGAAGAGAUACAACUACAGUGACCCGGCCUCUGGUCCGUCCAUAAAGGAUAAAUAUGUGACUGCCCUGUACUUCACCUUCAGCUCUCUGACCAGCGUGGGGUUUGGGAACGUCUCCCCAAACACCAACUCAGAAAAGAUCUUCUCCAUCUGUGUCAUGCUGAUUGGAUCUCUGAUGUACGCCAGUAUUUUUGGAAAUGUUUCUGCGAUCAUACAGCGACUGUAUUCCGGUACGGCACGCUACCACAUGCAGAUGCUCCGCGUCAAAGAGUUCAUCCGUUUCCACCAGAUCCCAAAUCCACUCAGACAGAGACUGGAAGAGUAUUUCCAACACUCAUGGACCUACACCAAUGGAAUCGACAUGAACAUGGUCUUAAAAGGGUUUCCUGAGUGUUUACAGGCAGAUAUUUGUCUCCACCUAAACAGCAGUCUGCUAGAAGGAUGUAAGGCUUUCAAAGGUGCUACUAAAGGCUGUCUCCGUGCUCUCGCUAUACGCUUCAAAACCACACAUGUGCCCCCUGGAGACACCCUUGUGCACUGCGGUGAUGUGCUCACCGCACUCUACUUCUUGUCUCUGGGUUCCAUUGAAAUACUGAAGGAGAAUAUUGUUGUGGCCAUUCUGGGUAAGAAUGACAUCUUUGGAGAGAUGAUCCACCUGUACGCCAAGCCUGGUAAAUCUAACGCUGAUGUGCGAGCGCUGAGCUACUGUGACCUGCACACGAUCCAGAGAGAGGAACUUCUAGAAGUCUUGGAUAUGUAUCCAGAGUUCGCAGAUUAUUUCCUCACCAAUCUGGAGCUGACCUUUAACCUGCGGGAUGAAAACUCAAAGAACACAUAUUCACAAGCCAGUGACUCCGAUGGAGAAGAUACCAAAAGCAGACGGAAGAUUUCCUUUAAGCGUAAACCAUCCAAAGGGGGAAGCCUCAAGGAAACAGACAGCGAGUCCCAGAAAGAGCGCAGAGAAUCACGACUGAGCUCCAAGAGAAACUCUGAGGACCGCCGCACCUCCAGAGAGGAACAGCAGAGGCUUCUGGGAGCAGGGAUAAUGGAGUACCCAUCAGUACAGAGUUACACCAGUACAGCUACACCAGCCUGCAGUCCUCCUGCUGAAGAUGUGGAGAUAAAGCCGUACGAUGACGAUAUCCAGACUGACGGAUGGUUAGUUGUCAGAACCAAACAGGAAAUGGGCAUGACUACUAAGGAACAGGGUGGGGCAGAAGAGGAGGAUCUGGACUGUGACAUCACAUAUGGAGAGGUGGAGCACAGACUAGACCAACUGCAGGAACACCUGAGCAGGUUAGAGUCUCAGAUGACAUCAGACAUUCAGAGUAUUCUGCAGCUGCUGCAGAGACAGUCGUGUUUAGGACCUCCAGCAUACAGCACCCUCACAACCGCUCCAGAACAUAAGAGACCGGCCAUCAGAUUUCAGCCUGUAGCUUCUGUUCCCACCAACCAAUCACACUGCAGGACCACACAGGAUACUGAAUGUUUGGAAAUUGCAAACAUCCAUUCCAAAUUCAGAGACUCUCUGUCAGGUCUGGCCCUCAUGAACUCUAAACGAAGCCAUGCAACUCUAUCCAGACAGGACUCAGGGCCCACAUACAGUCUCAUAAACAGCCAGACGCUUCCUCUCGCACGACAACAUUCCAAAUCCCUGCUUCCAAUUCCCAACACUUCCACCCCAGACGCGCCGCUCAACAGUGUUGCGUCAGGAACGGUAGAGCUCCACAGACCUCUGUCAGAUCCUGAGCUCUUAAAGGAACAGUGCUGAUUCUUGUCGGCAUUGUAUAUCGGAACGGGAGAGUUGAGGAGAAAGCACCAAUCAUUGCAAAGCAGGCAUUGGACAAAACUUUGAUUAAUGCUAAUGCAAUUAAAGAUUCUCCACUGGCAUCUUCUGUGAUGUCACUUCCUUAUCCUACAGUGUGAGGAAGAUUUGACCAACCUAUCUGUUAUGGACCCCUGUACCACACACUUCCAUUUUCAGGAAGUGCAUCACUGAAAGACUCCACACAGUUCCUCUGUGUGCUCUGCCCACCUUUACAAUGAUCUAAGACUCAGGGUAUUGUUUGGGGUUAAUAUAUCACACACACAUUGUCUGGUAGACUCACUUCCCUGUUUUAUUAUUAUCAUUCCAAAUGAUAACAUGCUAUUUUACGCUUCCAUUUGCAGAAAUCCAGAAAUCUUUGGAAUCCACUGUGGACGUCAUAAGUCUGAAACCACAAGUGAAAAUGCAUCUCUUUUGCAUUAUUAUUUUAAUUGUACACAAAAUGUUCCAUUACAAAUCCUAUUGGCAAUGCAUUUGGUACAUCCCCAUUUGCUUUAAUGACGGCAUGCACUCGAGCUGGAGUGAACAAAACCUGAUGGUCACGAUCAAGGGUGUAGAUUUAGCUUGAAGGCCGGGGGGUUGCAGCGUGAAGCAUUUUACCCAUGUUUCCAGUGAUUGUGGGAUUAUCAUAUCUUGUUAUCUACGCCCCUGCUCAUGUUCCAGCAUGAAUUGAGAAUGUUCCAAAAACGAACUGCCAUGUAAAUACAUUAUAUCCAUCUGUUAAAGUCUCUCCCCUGGUCAAGAGAUGCAUGACUGAAGGUUAUACUAGUUGCAUGUUUACUGCAACUUAUUGGAAAGCAGGUGUAGUGUUGGCAUGCUCCAGAAUCAUAAAUCACUGAAAAUGCACUCUUCUAUAAUUGACUGUUUAUUUGCACAUAGUCAUGCUAGCUUGAAUCAAACUCUGCACGGCAUCAAACUAUUACAUUUAUCAAAUUAUUUGCAAGCACUGGUGUACGGGAUGCCCCUGAAGCCCCCACUGGAUUUUGAGCCAAUUCAAUUUUGGACAGAUUCAACAGAUUUGUGGCACGCCUCUGUUUGCAAGGUGCAUUUUAGUAUGUAGCCAUUGAGGCAACAAAAUCACUUUGUUUUCCAAAUAUAUAAACUAGAAAAGCUUUUGUCUCAAACCAUGCGAGCAAUAAUAAUACACUGGAUCCACAUACUCUUACGUCUCUUGUCUAACACAACUCUACAGGGUUGAUUUGUUGCAACUGUUGUAAUGCAUAUUAUAAAAGUUAUUAUUUAACUUUAGUAUACCCUAAAAUAUGUAUUUUUAUUAAUGGAUUCCAGUAAACUGGAAGGUUUUUAUGUGCAAUAAACAUAUUAAAUUACUACGAAUAUUUUACAGCAUUGAAACGGCCAGAUACGGUCUUGAUUGGAGGCAUUUUAUUUAUUUUUAUUUUUAUAUGUCACUGUAAAAUACUAUAUUUUGGAUUACGAGCAAAUCAUUAUUGCACAGCCCCAUGUAGUACUAAAAAGUCAGAGAAAUGCAUAAUCAGAUUAAAUGUGUUGCUUUGUUCAUUGUGAUUUUUUCUUUUCUUUUCAUUUCUGCAUAAAGGGAAAUUACCUGCACUUUAUUUAAAAAACAAAAUACUCCAAACCAUUGUACUACAUGUAACCUUGUGUGCGCAUGAGUGUAUGCAUGUGUGUGUCUUUAUUUACUGAUUUAAUUUAUUGUGUGUUCUUGUGUUGGGCUUCAUAAUUAUCAUAUACCGGAGAGUAACAGAGGCAGCUUUUUAACUAGGAUAGACAUUGAAAAAUGUUAAUAACACUGCAAACGUUUGCACGUUACCUCCAAACAGGUAGAUCAUGUUCACUUUUUAUUCCAGUGAUUGGAUUGGAGUUUAUAUAUAUAUAUAUAUAGUUUGCACUGUAUAGUUUGUACACCACAAUACUCUACAGGUGUUUUGAAUGUGUCUUCUAUUUAAAGAUUUACUAUUAUUAUAUGCAUAAUAUAUAUUUAAUGCAUUUGC